AGAUUCAUUUCAAAUUUUCGUUGUGUUGUGUGUAUCUUUGCUUUAUUAUUUCUGAAAUUUGACAAAAUGGUAAGUAAUUGAAUAGCAUUUUAAUUUAUGUAUUACAGCGUGAAUGUAUCAGUGUACAUGUUGGUCAAGCUGGUGUACAAAUGGGAAAUGCUUGUUGGGAGUUGUAUUGUUUAGAACAUGGUAUUCAACCUGAUGGGCAGAUGCCAAGUGAUAAAACUAUUGGAGGUGGUGAUGACUCGUUCAAUACAUUCUUCAGUGAGACAGGAGCUGGAAAACAUGUACCACGAGCUGUUUUCGUAGAUUUAGAACCAACUGUAGUCGAUGAAGUGCGAACUGGAACUUAUCGUCAACUUUUUCAUCCAGAGCAAUUAAUUACUGGUAAGGAGGAUGCUGCUAAUAAUUAUGCUCGCGGUCAUUAUACAAUUGGGAAGGAAAUAGUGGACUUAGUUUUGGAUCGUAUUCGCAAGUUGGCUGACCAGUGUACUGGACUUCAAGGGUUUUUGAUUUUCCAUUCAUUUGGCGGUGGCACUGGUUCCGGGUUCACAUCUUUAUUGAUGGAACGUUUGAGUGUGGAUUAUGGCAAAAAAUCGAAGUUGGAGUUCGCUGUGUAUCCUGCACCACAGAUUGCUACAGCUGUAGUUGAACCAUACAAUUCCAUUUUGACUACACAUACAACAUUGGAACAUUCUGAUUGUGCUUUCAUGGUUGACAACGAGGCCAUUUAUGAUAUUUGUCGACGAAAUCUAGAUAUAGAGCGUCCAACCUACACAAAUUUAAAUCGUCUAAUUGGUCAGAUAGUAAGUUCCAUUACUGCAUCACUGCGCUUCGAUGGCGCGCUAAAUGUGGAUUUGACGGAAUUCCAAACAAAUCUGGUCCCUUAUCCUCGUAUCCACUUCCCGUUGGCUACCUAUGCACCAGUGAUUUCAGCUGAAAAGGCUUACCACGAGCAGUUAAGUGUUGCAGAAAUCACAAAUGCCUGCUUCGAACCAGCAAAUCAAAUGGUGAAGUGUGACCCUCGUCACGGCAAAUAUAUGGCGUGCUGUAUGUUAUAUCGUGGGGACGUUGUCCCUAAGGAUGUAAAUGCUGCUAUAGCAACAAUAAAGACUAAACGUACUAUCCAGUUUGUGGAUUGGUGUCCGACAGGUUUCAAGGUAGGCAUAAACUACCAACCACCAACAGUUGUUCCUGGCGGUGAUUUGGCAAAAGUGCAACGUGCCGUCUGUAUGUUGAGUAAUACAACCGCGAUAGCCGAAGCUUGGGCGCGUCUAGAUCAUAAGUUUGAUUUGAUGUAUGCAAAACGUGCAUUUGUACACUGGUAUGUUGGUGAGGGUAUGGAAGAAGGUGAAUUCUCUGAAGCCCGUGAAGAUCUGGCCGCACUUGAGAAAGAUUACGAGGAGGUCGGUGUUGACAGCGUUGACGGUGAGGGUGAAGGAGAAGGUGAAGAGUAUUAGGUCUCACUUCUUUGGAUUGUUAUGUUUUUGGUUGUUAUUCGUUCCUAAUAUACUUAUCUUAUAAUU